AGAAAACAGGUAAUGAAUACAUACCAAAUAAACAAACGUAAGUAUACAUGAGUUGAACUUCAUUUAUGGUGUAAGUAUUUAAACAAACGGAACAGCGGAAUAUUCGAACACUGUGCUACAAUGGAUAAAUAAGUGAUUAAGUCAUUUAUUUUUCAUAGAAAUGAAGCAGAUAUCUAAUGGAAAAAGCGAAAUGGAAUAUAAAUACGCUACAUUAAGACAUAAUUACUUAUCUUGGCUUUGUGAACAUUAUAAAUUGAAUUUAGGACAAAAGAGAGAUGUUGACAUGAAACAACGAUUAGAUUCUAAAAUGUCUACAUUAAAACAAGAAUUUAAUUAUCCAAAUACAAACUAUGAAUAUACAAAUUAUAAUACAGAUAAUAAUGAUGAAAAUGAUAAUUUCUAUAAAAAACAUUCCAAAACUUCUGUUUUUCCAAUAUACAAUGAUAAAAAUAUGACUGGAAAUUAUCUUAUCAAUAAUGAUAUAAGUGGUUAUUCUAAUGAUAAUAAUAAUAAUAAUAAUAAUUAUGAACAAAAUGAAAUGAAUAAAAUAAAAAGUUAUGAUCCAACUAGUCCAUUUUAUGGUAUGGAUCCAGAAUUAAUUGGAUUUGUUCAAAACAUCAUGUUGUUAUGGAUGAUGGUGCAGUUAUUAAUAAAGCAGCUAUACUAAAAAAAGCUGCAAUCGAUGGAAAAAUUAAAAAACAAUUUCAACCACCUGGAGGUUUAAGUAUAAAAACUUUCAUUAUUUUAUUGGUUAUUCUUAUUAUUCUAAUCAUAUUAAUCAUAAUUGCAUUGGCUGUUGGUAUCCCAUAUGCUUAUAAAGUAUAUAUGCCAAAUUUACCAGUUGCUCAACCAUGGUGGCGUCGUACACAUAUCUAUCAAAUUAAUGUUGAAACAUGGGCUAAUGAUGUACAAGGACCUGUUGGACGUUUACAAGAUAUUAUACCACGUAUGGCAUAUUUAUCUAGUCAAGUCGGUGCUACAAGUAUCCUACUAACAAAUUUAAUAUCUUCCGAUAUAAAUGGUAUUAUCAAUUGGGAGAUAAUUAAUCAGUCUGUUGAUCCAAAUAAGGAAGCGUUUAGUAGUUUAUUAUCACAACUGUUAAAAAAGUCAAAAUCACCUAUGGGUAAAUUAAAAUUCAGUAAACCGAUAAAAAUAAUGAUUGGUCUACCAAUCUAUGCAACAAGUAACCAACAUGAAUGGUUUCGAGUUAGUCAAACAGAUGUUAACAGUGUUUAUGCAUCAUAUUAUAUAUGGACUAGUGUUAAGCCAACAACAGAUCAACAGAAAAGACACUAUGCCUACGAUACUAUUCGACGUGCCUAUUAUCGACAUGUACAUGGUAAUCCAAACAGCCCAUUAUUAAAUUUAACCAAUCCAAAUGUACAAACAGAAAUGAUCAAUGUAAUCCGAUUUUGGAAGGAGAAACUUGAAAUUAAAGGUGUGAUGAUUACAAAUUCUAGUAAUCUACUCGAAGAAAUGGUUCCAUCAGUUAAAAAAAUCUUCAACACGGAUACUGAUAAUGAAUUUGUUUGGUUUCCUGAUGAACCAAAGAUUGAUGCAAUGGUCAAUAGUGAGGAGAAAGUUUGUCUCUUUACACUGGCAGUAAAUAUUCGAGUUCCGACAAGACGUGAUGACAUAGAUUCACAAAUUCAACAAGCUAUGAAUAAUACUCAAUUAAGAAAGUGUAGUCCAAUAUGGAAAGUUGUUCAAUUGGGUGAAGAUAAUAAAGACUUUGCAACUAUCCGAAAAUUAGCAUAUUUCCUUCCAGGGAGUUAUUUAAUGAUGGCUGGACAAGAAGUUGACUUAGUAACUGGUAACAAUCAAUUAUUGAAAUGGUCAUUUAAUAAUUAUCUCGAUUAUACUACUUAUUGGCCUACUAAUAUUAAUCUACCACAAAAUGGUAGACAACAAUUAACUGAUUGGCAAAUGUAUUUAGAGAAAGUAUCCAGUGUAUCAUUGAUGAAUACACCGAUUGAUAAGAAUACAAUGGUUAUAUUAUCACCAAAAGGUACAGAUAAUCUACUUUGUGUUUAUCGUAAUUAUGAGACAACUAGUCAUCGAGUUUACUUUAUUGUUAGUUUUCAAACAUUGAAUACUAUUGUUCAUUUUCAAUCUGUUUUUUAUGAUUUACCUGCUUCACCGAAACUUAGUAUCAUUUAUGAUUCAAAAGGUGUUUAUCGUCGUCGAAGAUAUUUCGGUGAUGAAGUCUUAGUGAAUAACCAAGUAUUGAUACUUUAUUAUUACUGAUAAUAUUAUUAACAGUAGUAAUAAUGAUACUAGUGAUAUUAAUUUUAUUCAAUUGACACUUUUAGUGACAUUUUUUUUAAAGCAUCUUGUCAUUUUUAUUUCAUUAACUAUAAUGUAUAUAGGUAUACAUACGUUUUUCGUUUGAGGCAAUUUAACUACUCAUGAGUAGUAAGCUGACGAUGUAGCAACCAAUAAAAUAGUUGUCGCUG